AUGAGGAAGCUUACACAAAGACGAGCAGUUGAUUACACAAGUACCGCUGUCCGGUAUAUGCAGACCCGGAUGUGGCAGCGGGAUUGCAGAGAUAGGACAGGAUUGCAAUCUACCCCUGCAGCAGCCAUUGAUAUGUUACCUACAGUUGCAUAUUCUGAUAAUCCAUCAACAAGCUUCACUGCAAAGUUUGUUCAUACAUCUCUUAACAAGAACCGCUGUUCCAUCAACUGCGUUUUGUGGACUCCUAAUGGCAGACGUCUCAUAACGGGAUCUCAAAGUGGGGAGUUUACUCUGUGGAAUGGACAAUCAUUUAACUUUGAAAUGAUUCUUCAGGCCCAUGACCAAGCAAUCAGGUCUAUGGUGUGGAGUCACAAUGACAACUGGAUGGUCUCUGGUGAUGAUGGAGGGGCCAUUAAGUAUUGGCAGAGCAAUAUGAAUAAUGUAAAGGCUAACAAAUCUGCUCAUAAGGAAUCAGUUCGUGAUUUAAGCUUCUGUAGGACUGAUUUGAAGUUCUGUUCUUGCUCUGACGAUACCACUGUUAAAGUGUGGGACUUUGCACGGUGCCAAGAAGAGCGAUCAUUAACAGGCCAUGGUUGGGAUGUGAAAAGUGUUGAUUGGCACCCCACAAAGUCCUUGCUAGUUUCAGGCGGGAAAGACAAUCUUGUAAAGCUUUGGGAUGCUAAAAGUGGGAAAGAGCUUAGUUCAUUUCAUGGUCACAAAAAUACAGUACUUUGUGUGAAGUGGAACCAAAAUGGUAACUGGGUGCUAACUGCUGGGAAGGAUCAAAUUAUCAAGCUUUAUGAUAUAAGAGCUAUGAAGGAGCUGGAAUCCUUCCGUGGACAUAGAAAAGAUGUGACUGCAUUGGCAUGGCACCCAUUCCAUGAAGAGUACUUUGUCAGCGGCAGCUUUGAUGGUUCUAUGUUCCACUGGCUAGUUGGACACGAGACUCCCCAGAUUGAAGUUCCUACAGCUCAUGAUAAUAGUGUAUGGGACCUUGCAUGGCAUCCUAUUGGAUAUUUGCUUUGCAGUGGAAGCAAUGAUCACACCACGAAGUUUUGGUGCAGAAAUAGGCCAGGGGAUACCGCAAGGGACAAAUUUAAUACGAAUCAGAAUCAAGGGUAUGGUGAGCCCAACCCGAAUCUUGGUGGUCGGUUCCCUGGCAAUUUCCCAGUUCUUGAGCAACCUUUUGCUCCAGGAGGACCUUUUGUACCUGGAUUGACCCGAAACGAUGGGACCAUUCCUGGUGUAGGAGCUGCGAUGCCUUUCUCUCUCGAUUCCCCACUACAUGGCGAUCAGACGCAGUCUAUGCCAAUAUCCAUGACUUUAGGAGCUCCUCCUCUUCCUCCAGGCCCUCAUCCCUCCCUUCUUAAUCCCAACCAGCAGCAGCAGCAGCAGAGAUAUCAACAAAACCCUCAACAACAGCAAAUGCCCCCAUUACCUAUGCCACCACCAAAUAUGCAGCAGCUACAACCUCCAUCCCAUCACUCUCUGCUUCCACACCCUCAUCUACCCCGCCCCCCACAAAUGCCCCCUCAUGGUAUGCCGGGAUCCCUUCCGACUCCUUCCAUGCCUGGGUCACUCCCGCCUAUGCCUGGCCAAAGGAUGGUUCCACCACCAAUGCCACAAGGCCCCUUCAUGGGGAUGAACCCUAUGCACUCGGGAUCCAUGCCCACGAACGGUAGCCCUCAGGUUGGUGGGUUCCCAAAUGGCAUGCCGAGUAUGCAGGGCCAGUCGAAUGCAACUGGAGGCCAAAUGUAUCCGCAAAGCAGUCCGUUCAAUCGACCACAAGGCGGGCAGAUGCCGAUGAUGCCAGGCUACAAUCCGUACCAGUCUGGUAACCAAUCGGGUAUGCAUCCGCCACUGCCACCAGGUCCGCCGCCACACUCCCAACAAUAG